UUGCUGUCUUUCCUUUAGGAAAAGAAUAAAAGUUGCAUCAUGUCAUACAGCCAGAAGCAGUCCACAGUAGCCUUUGGUCAGGCAGUGAUUGGGCCUCCUGGCUCAGGGAAAACAACUUACUGUCUUGGCAUGCAGGAAUUUCUUUCUGCAAUUGGGCGCAAAGUAGCUGUGGUGAACCUGGACCCAGCCAAUGAGGGGAUUCCUUACCAGUGCGCUGUGGAUAUCUCAGAACUUAUCACCUUGACCGAUGUAAUGGACAACUUGAAACUGGGACCCAACGGUGGCUUGAUCUAUUGCAUGGAGUAUCUGGAGGCCAACUUGGACUGGCUGCAGGAGAAACUGGCCCAAUUUAAGGGGCAUUACUUCUUAUUUGACUGCCCGGGACAAGUGGAGCUUUGCACCCAUCAUAGUUCAUUGAGAAACAUCUUUGCUCAGCUUGCUAAGUGGAAUUUCAGGCUGGCAGCUGUCCAUUUAGUGGAUUCUCAUUACUGUACGGACCCCGGCAAGUUCAUCUCCAUUCUCUGCACUUCCCUCUCCACCAUGUUGCACGUAGAGCUACCCCACAUCAAUGUCCUCUCCAAAAUGGACCUAAUCGAGCAGUAUGGGAAACUGGCCUUCAAUCUCGAUUAUUACACGGAGGUUCUUGAUUUGUCCUAUCUAGUGGAUCACCUGGCUACAGAUCCUUUCUUCAAGAACUACCAGCACUUGAACAAGAAGCUUGUGGAAGUGAUUGAAGACUACAGCUUGGUUUCCUUUGUUCCUCUCAAUGUCCAGGAUAAGGAGAGCAUGCAGCGUGUGAUGCAGGCAGUGGACAAAGCCAAUGGCUACUGCUUUGGAGACGCAGAGCACAGAAGCCUUCAAGCCCUGAUGUCUGCAGCAGUGGGAGCUGAUUUCCACUUCACAUCCACACUAGCAGUCCAGGAGAAGUAUGUGCAGCCACAGGAGAAAACUGUGGAGCAGGAAACCAUGGAUGUGUAGCAUGUCUGCUGCCUGCUGUAAACAGGCCACUGCAGGUGGACAGCUCCUCCCAUCCAAGUUGGCUUCCCAUGUGUAUUAACCUGAAGCUGAAGAGGUACCCUGCAAGAUAAGGACUACCAAGAUGCAGCUUGUGCCUUUAGGUUCCUCCCACACAAUAACUUUCUUUCUGGUGUACUUGGGAGCCUCUGUGCUUGAGACAAAGAGGGGCCUCCCCACCAAAAAAAAAAAGUUAGCAGCGAGCUGCGGUAUGGGCAGCUGCGAGGCACAGAAGAUGACCGGUGAAAUGGCAAAAGUAAUAAAUGUCUGCUGCCUGAAGGAAGUUUGCACCAAAGAUUGUCAGUGUGACCGCUCUGUUGUUGUUUCAUUGAGAAGCAUGGAAUUCUGUUAACUUUG